AUGGGAAUAGUGCCAGGCAUGCAUCCACCUCCUAGCGUUGACCAUAUCAACGAAUUCAAGGAUCUAGAUGUACCAGCCGAUGUUCAUCUGGUAGUGACACCUCCGAGCACCUUCCUACAUCGACCUGUGCCCAAAGAUAACCAUUGGGCUAUCUUCUGGAAUAUCUCCAGGAGCACAGACGGUGUCAUGCGCCGUCGCCUACUGCAAAUCGUACAGGAAAGGUUGGGGGAUGGUUACGCCAAUCAUCUCACGAAUUGGGGUCCGAUUACAACGUCUGCGGGAGGACCUACUCCAGAGUCGAGGAAAUUCUUCAUCAAGACCAUGACUCUCAGCGAAAGGAAGUCAUUAGAGGCGAUUGCGCAGACCGAAGAAGUCUUGAUGCCUGAUGGUGUAUGGAAUUGUCAAGAUUGGAUCGAGGCAGUGCUAGAUAAGGCGGUCAAUGGUGGUAUGAUCGCCGCAGAAACUGUUGCUGACCUGAAGAUAAAGGCUAGAGAAGUUAUUGGGAAACCAUUUCAUCCUUAA